UGCUCAAGCUCUCCCCAAGGCAGUUCAAUUGAGUGCCAAGUCCAAGAACACCGAAACAGUUCACAGGAGGUGAAGACAAGCCGGAGUCUGGGCUGUGCCCUCCGAAGUCUGCUGCAGCUCUCAGCCAGCCGCUCUGAGAAUGGAGUGGUCCACCCGGGAGCUUUUCAUCAACUUUACCAUUGUCCUGGUUACAGUUGUGCUCAUGUGGCUUCUCGUGAGGUCCUACCAGUACUGAGAGGCCAAGCUGUGACACUGCCUGCUCUGGGGCCCGAGACCCCACUGCCCUCACUGCCAUGGGAUGCCGCUCUCGGCCCCUCAAGGCGCCUCUGGCCGUACUGUAGUGUCCGACGUGCUCCCUGCUAGGAUCGACUGUGUGUUCUCUAAAGGUGCCACUCUUAAGGUCUGCCAAGAGUUUGCAAGUGAGCAUUAGAUUGAUUUCCCCAACUCUUACUGCAAAUGUGUUAGACGAGCCACAAGGUUAAAAUUAAACUGGAUUCAGGAUGACAGGAAUUGCAACAAGCCCCCAAUGUGUCUCCUCACACUUCAACCCACACUGUCUGUGAUCAAACUCCAGUUCGACCUGUAGGAAGGAAUGGUAGAGGAAGUCCUGGUCAGCCCCGACCGCUGUCAUGUGAAUAAACUGAAGUCAACC